AAAGAUCAUAAUCUUUUGUUUUAAAAGCAAUUAUGUAUAUAGUACUUUUUAAUAUAUCACUUGUUAUCGAAUUAAACAAGUUGAAAUAAUCAUACGAAAAACAGUGAAUACUUAUGAAAUAAUAAUUAUAAUUAUAACUUUUAUUUACGGCGAUGAAUUGGAGUGUGUGGUGUCUGUUUGUUAUUUUAGUUAAUCCAGGAUCGUCGUAUGUCAACGAUGUUAAUGAUACGACGGUAUGGGAAAAUAGAUUUGCAAGAGGGACUGGACGGAUAGUUAAUGGUCAAGUAGCUAAAAAAGGACAAUUCCCAUUCAUGGUUUCGCUGCAGAAAGAAGGGCCUAAAUUAUUCCAUUUUUGUGGGGCUAGUAUUAUUAGUGAAAGAUGGAUUGUUACUGCAGGUCACUGUGUAGUUAAAUUCGAAAAUUGCUCUUUCAGAGGUAAUUCAUUUACACCAAAAGAGAAUAUGAUAGCUGUUGCAGGUGAUACUAAUUUAAUCUGGGGCUAUUCACCUUUUCGGCAAGUACGGAAGGUUGACCAAAUUGUCAUAAAUCCACGAUUCGAUAGGUUCAGCCUCGCUAAUGACAUUGCUUUGGUAUCCCUACAAGAGCCAUUUUUCUUUACAAUGUUCGUGUCACCAAUUCCAUUGGCCGAGCAGGUGCCACCGGCAGGAACAAUCUGUUCAGUCUCAGGUUGGGGAUUCCCGGACGAAAACACAGAAGCUAUUGUCGACGAACUCAUGUUUGUAGAAUUGCCAUUAAUAAGUUACGAUUACUGUCGCAAACUUUUGCGGGGCAUCAAAGUUAUGCAUCCAAGCAUGAUAUGCGCUGGUUACAUAGAAGGUGGUAAGGAUGCUUGCCAGGGUGAUUCUGGUGGACCGUUUGUGUGCGACGACUUACUGACGGGCGUCGUAUCGGGUGGUACAGGAUGUGCACGUCCUAAAAUACCUGGAUACUUCGCCAAUGUUGCGUACUAUGAUAAAUGGAUUGAACGAGUAUUGAGAACUGGGAAAAAUGACUCGCCGACACCUCUAGCUUAUAAUUUUACUGCUGUCAUAAGUGCUUACAUGGAUUAA